CGGGGAGGAGAGGCGGGCGGACGUGCCCGGCGCAGGGUGGAGGCGUCCACCUGGGCUUUUCCGAGCGCAGGGAGGGCGCUAGGACCGAGCGGCGCACCUGUUGGCAGGUGCCGGGCCUCGCCUGCUCCCCGCCCCGGAGCAGCCGGGCGGCCGGUGCACGAGCGGGGGAGGUGCUGGCAGAGGCCGUACCGCGGCGGCGGCGCCGGGCGCACCAUGGCCGAGCUGCUGCGGAGCCUGCAGGACUCCCAGCUCGUCGCCCGCUUCCAGCGCCGCUGCGGGCUCUUCCCGGCGCCCGAGGACGACCCCCGAGAUGACGGCGCGGGCCUGGCGGAGGGCGCCGCGAGAGCGCCGGGGGCCGAUCAUCGCUCCACGGCCAACGGCAAGGACGCCGGGGCGCCGGCCAAUGGGCUGCUCAGAGCCGCGGCCCCGCAGGCUUAUGUAGAGAAAUACAUUGUGAAGAAUUAUUUCUACUACUACCUAUUCAGAUUUUCAGCUGCUUUGGGUCAAGAAGUGUUCUACAUCACAUUUCUUCCAUUCACUCACUGGAAUAUUGAUUCUUUUUUAUCCAGAAGACUGGUCAUCAUAUGGGUUCUGGUGAUGUACAUUGGCCAGGUGGCCAAGGAUAUCCUGAAGUGGCCCCGCCCCUUCUCCCCUCCGGUGGUGAAACUGGAGAAGAGAGUGAUUGCUGAGUAUGGAAUGCCAUCUACCCAUGCCAUGGCGGCCACCGCUAUUUCCUUCACCCUCCUCAUCUCCACGAUGGACAGAUACCAGUAUCCCUUCGCUCUGGGGCUGGCGAUGGCUGUGACGUUCUCUGCGUUGGUGUGUCUCAGCAGGCUCUACACUGGGAUGCACACAGUCCUGGAUGUGCUGGGUGGCAUCCUGAUCACCGCGGUCCUCAUCGUCCUCACCUACCCCGCCUGGACCCUCAUCGACCGCCUGGGCUCAGCCAGCCCCCUCUUCCCCGUGUGUGCCAUUGUGGUGCCAUUCUUCUUGUGUUACAACUACCCCGUGUCUGAGUUCUACAGCCCCACCAGGGCGGACACCACCACCAUCGUGGCCGCAGGGGCCGGGGUGACCACCGGGUUCUGGAUCAACCACUUCUUCCAGCUCGUGGCCGACCCCACGGAGGCUCUGCCUGUCAUCCAGCACAUCCCCCCGCUCACCGCGGGCAUGCUGGUUCUGGGCCUGACCAAAUUCAUGGUGGGGAUUGUGUUGAUCCUCCUGGUUCGGCAAGUUGUCCAGAAUCUCUCGCUGCAAGUCUUGUACUCCUGGUUCAAGGUGGUCACCAGGAACAAGGAGGCCCGGCGGAGGCUGGAGAUCGAAGUGCCUUACAAGUUUGUCACCUACACGUCGGUUGGCAUCUGUGCCACCACCGUUGUACCCAUGCUGCACAGGUUUCUGGGAUUACUCUGAGCCUCGGGCACUUGGAAAUUAGCCCGUUGGACAAGAGCCAGGACCUAGGAAAUCUGUUGGGUGGGCAAGUCUUGACAACACAUUUUAUUUUUAAAAAAAUCCUUUGUCAUAUGUCUGUUUUGCUAAUACCCGUGUUAAAUGCUGGUGCUGUGUGGAAGGGAAGUUUUCUGUUGGAGCCUCUAGUCUGGAAGGGUCACUCGGCAGGUGAAGCCAGGCUAACCCCACUGUUGGGCUCUUUGAAGGUCCCCACCCCGUCUGCGAGCUGGGACUCUAGGCCAAAUCAGGGGCUGGCAGGAAUAGUGGACGAUUUAGGAACAACCUCAGGCCCCACUGGGCUCUGGAGAGAUGGCGGGUCUGGAGACUGGAGAUGGAGCAUUCUUCCCAGUUAUGACUGGGCCCAGCACUUGAGUCUCCCUUCCCAACUGGGAUCUUUGGUCCAGGAGGCACCCUGUGGAAGGGCAUUCCUGAGGGUGACUUUCUUGUCAGAAUGACCAAAUCGGGAGUUAAGAGCGCUGCAGACUUCACUGUGAUGCCCUGAAGGGUGGGCCUAGAGGUUCUAGGCAAGGGCCUGCUCCCCUCACACAUCCCUGUCUCUGUAGGCAUGACUAUUGAGAUAGGGAUCUGCUCCUCCUUGUUUGCACAUUUUGCAGAAUUCCAGAUGCCAUCACUGCACUCCUGACCCAGGGAAGCAGCUGGCUGCUCCCACCGCUCCAGGCAGGAGGGCUUAGCCGUCAUUAAAGCAGGCCCAGCUGGGCUUCUCCAAUGUCCUGCUCUCUCCUGCUUCAGAGUGACUUGGGAUUUGCCCUCUGGCCAUCCCCAGCUUUUUUUGCUUCUUACAAGCUGUCAUCUGCAUGUAAAAGUGGGCCAGUGGAGGGACGGAGAACAUACUCCUCCCAGGAGCCUGACAAGAGGGACUCGCCCUCAGGACAUUGCCCCAUCCUGACAUGGCUCCUCCAUUUCUGCUACUUUCUGUGAAUCUGUAUCUCUCAUCUACUAAAUAGAAUCUGGGCCUCCCUUUCCAUCUUCCCACCUCUUUUCUCUUGGCAAUUUUAAGGGUAAUUAAUGCAAGAAUAACUUCAGCCUCUCUUGGGAAAACAAGCCAACCAAACACAACAGCCUUCACACCGAGGGUGUGUCCCCAGGAGACCAGGAAGGUGACCAUUACUCAAACACUGGGCUCUCUUGCAGGGCUUCUCUCCCCGUGUUAGGAGUAAGGAACAGGUAGCCACAAUUUUCUCAAAAAUGAACAUACCUGUAGUUAAAGUUUGCUUUGCACUCCAGUGCCUGGGCCAUGGAAGCAGGGACUUAGGAUCCCACAUGCUUCGCUGUGCUCACUGUGUGGGGACAAAGUCAGGCUCCUCACCUCCGUAUCCAGCAUGAAAACGGAAACCACCUUCGUCCCUCUCUCCAAUAGGUCCCCAGCCUCGUUGCUGGAAUGACCUCCUGUAUUUGACUUGCUGCUCCAGUUUCCUGAGAAUAAUUUUUAGUAAAAUAUCCUGUUUUUCCUUCAAAUUCUUCUCACGUUUUCCAUAGUUAGCAGGCAGAAUGAAAAUGGCUGCCAUUUGACUAUUCUGACAUUUUUACAUCAAAUUGAUUAGAGCUGCACCAGGAUUGGGGGACAGUACUGGGGAGAGUCCCACCGAUGGGCACCCCCCAUGUGCAAUGGAUGAGGCACUUUCCUGUAAUUCCACCACCACCCUCGCUCCCCAAAAACCCAAAUGGGUAAUUAUACAAACUGAUUUCAGGUGAUCUUUCUGAAGUCACCUGACAAAAGGAUCAGCCUUUGCCACUUGUAUCAGUUGUCACAGCAGUGGCGUUGGCAAGUCAUUCAUGUGCGUGUAAAAAUUUUUACUGUCUCUUCUGUGUUAAGUGCCAACUGAAUGAAGGCCUGUGAACUAUACUGUGUAGUUAAGGCUGUGUGUGCACAGUUUGGAUUAAGUAACAGCACAUUAAAGAAUGGCCCAGGAGUUGGACACAGUCAAUGACUUUUUCAAGUCUCUUAUCACAGCUCCUGGGGAGUCAGGAGUAUGCAUGGAUGAGGCCACGCUGAGUUUUUGAGCUCCUGCUGUGCUAGCCCUCUCCAUCCAUUGCUCCCGCGCUGCAGUCUCACACCCACACGUGCCCCUCAGAGUUUGCCUUGGUUUACGGGAAGGCAUUGAGAUUUUCUCUCUUGGGAAAGACUGCCCCCUGCUGGUUUCCCAUCAGUCUUGGUCCAAAGUCCCUCUUGGUCUGGAAUCUUGAAGAUUGAGAUCUUUAAAAAUGAUAUAUAUAUUUUAAGAAAGCAAUUACUUCAGAAUAUUCAAUAGGAUGCAGAAAUUUGAAAAAAUACAACUGCCAUCAACAUAAACAGGAACUUUAAAAUCCAACUUGCAGUGAUGUAUCCAAUAGAAGCUGAAGAUCUGGGGUGUGGCCAACCCUGCAUUUGGAACCUGUGACCCCAAAGCCCUCGGGAUCCUGGUCCUCAGAAGCCAGGUGGGAAAAUAUCCCCCUUUCCUACCUGCUCCCCACCCACCACCACUCUGUAACCAUCCAUUCUGUAACCAUCACUCUGAAUAGUGGUCCUUUUCGUGCCAGUUUCACUCAGACCUAUACCAUAACAGAAUACACAGAAGAGAGAGACAUAAAAAGAGAGCCCUGAACGAGGAGACUGAACUCACUCUCCAGCAUGCCGGGUGGUCACAUUGAAAUGUGGGAUUUUCUCUCCCAAAUAGGGGACCAGUGGCUCCCGAGUGUCACCGAAGCCUGUGGGGGUUCAGGCUCUGCUAUUUUAGAAGUUUCUGAUGUCUUGCUUAUGUAUCGAUAUGUAAAUGUAUCCUUUAAAAAAUAAAAUCAUGUAUUUGAUCAUGA